AUGAAAGAAAAAUAUUUUCUUAAAAACAAUGGAUAGUUUUUUAAACCAAACAAUCUUCUUAUGCUUAAAUUUCACAAUUGUCAUUACAGCCUUCGGGAAUCCCUUGGAAUUUAGCCUGUUUUCAUGUCAGGGUCUGACCAAUUUCUGUGUUUGAAACUGAGUUAUCUACAAUGGGAAAUGAAUCACUUGAACAAUGAAGUAACAACACUUUUGUCAACAUUGACUCGAGAAACAGGAAAAACACGAAACAAGGGUUCCCCCACGCUUUGUUUACAUCAGCAUUAUGUGUGCAUAAGUGUAAUGUAUAAAUCAUAGAGGUGUCUCUUCCUACAGCUCGUCUCAACUUGGUUUCACCGACAACAUGACUGUCGCUCUGACGUUUUUAUUGCUUUCUCUCUACAUGUUACACUUGGAUGGAUUAUCGUCGGAUCAAUCCAGUGAGAGCGACCGGCCUAAACCUCACAAAGUUGGUUUCGACCCUUCGGCCCAAUUGGUUCUCCAGUUGCUGUCGCCUUUCGUGGAAUUCGAAUUCUCUUCAGAAGAGAGCAGCAGCAUCGAACUCGAAGACCUCGUGCUUACGAUAGGAUUCGAAUCCAGCAACAAAACAUCGACGACGACGACAACAACAACAAUUAAGCCAAAAACGACAACGAAGAAAAAACCUAAUCGCGGCUGAAUUAAAGGGUUUUCGGGUACAAAAAAGCUGAUUGUGGAAUAUAAAAAUACGAUUGCUUUCAAAACAUUAAUCGGAUUACACUGAUGAAUCAAAACUAAUGACAUAAUAAGUUCCAAUUAGUCACAAAUACAUUAUUAUUAAAAUGGUUUCCAAAUAUAUUUAUAUGUAACU